AUGAAACAUAACGUGGAGCUUCUUGUGCACACUGAGAUAUAAGGAUAUUUGUUCAUUUGGUCAAUUCAGGACAGGUCUACUCAGAACUGCAGUAAUGGUGUCAGCUGACCUUGCAGAUGUUGUAGAGGUGGUCCUGUCUCAUCCAGCCUCCUCCUGUGCUUUCUUCCUGACCAUCCUCACCUCCAUCCUCUGGUUCAUCAGAGACUCCCUUAAAGUUUCCAGCUUCCCCCACAGACAUGUGCUGAUCACCGGCUGUGACAGCGGCUUCGGGAACCUGCUGGCCCGUCAGCUGGAUGGCAGAGGGUUCCGAGUGAUCGCGGCAUGUCUGACAGAGGAAGGUGCGUCUGCUCUGUCCUCCCUGGCCUCCCCCAGGCUGAAGACCCUCCAGCUGGAUGUCACAGACAGCGCGAGCAUCCGCAGGGCGGUGGAGGCUGUGCGCGCGGAGGUCGGAGAGAGAGGUCUGUGGGGGCUUGUGAAUAACGCCGGCAGGUCCAUUCCUAUUGGUCCGACUGAAUGGAUGCAGCUGGAGGAUUUCAGAAAGGUUUUGGAUGUGAACCUGAUUGGUGUCAUUGAGGUGACUCUGGCUUUUCUGCCUCUUCUGAAAAAGGCCCGGGGCAGGGUGGUAAACGUGGCCAGUAUACUGGGCAGACUGGCCCUUACUGGGGGAGGAUACUGUCUGUCCAAGUACGGAGUGGAAGCCUUCUCCGACAGCCUCAGGAGAGAGAUGCAACACUUCGGUAUCAAUGUGAGCAUCAUUGAACCCGGUUUCUUCAAGACCGCUGUGACCAGACCAGAUCUCAUCGAAGCCGACCUGAGGAGACUCUGGACUCGCCUUCCUCAAGAUGUGAAAGACUCCUACGGGGCCUCAUACAUCAAUGACUAUGUUAAAGCCCAGGACUUCUCUCUGGGCAUCUUGUGCAGUCCAGACAUUUCCAAAGUGACCUGGUGUAUGAGUCAUGCCCUGACCGCUCGCUUCCCACGCACCCGUUACGGAGCUGGAUGGGACGCCAAGUUCCUGUGGAUUCCUCUCUCCUACCUACCAUCAUUUGUUUCAGAUUUUAUUACUAAUCUUCUUCUUCCUGCACCCAAAAAUGAGAAAAAGAAGAAAGAAUAAACUAAAAUACUCAAACUUAACUUUAUGAACAUGUCUCCUUAAAAAUAUUUUAUAUUAAUAUUAUUUUCUGCUUUCAUUUAGGUUAAAAAA